AUGGCAGCACGAAGCACUGCCGCGGACCCGGCCUACUGGUGCUUCGUGCUGCUGGGGGCGGGCACGCUGUUCCCCUGGAAUGCCGUCAUCACAGCCGCCGACUACUGGGAGGCGCGGUACCCGGGCAAGCACACCGACCGCCUGCUGACCGUCAGCUACCUUCCCGCCAACUUGGUCGUGAUAGCCGCCAUGGUGCACUACCAUGCACACAUGCGGCCGCGGCUGCGCAUCAUGGGAGGCCUGCUGGGAUUCACGCUGGCGGUAUCUGCGGUCCCGCUGAUCGACCUGGCCCCUGGAUCCACCGCCACGCUGACAGCCACCCUGCUGCUGGUGGCGCUGUGUGGGGUGUGCGACGGGCUGGCCCAGGGCGCGCUGUUUGGGCAGGUGGCACUGCUGCCGCCGCGCUACACGCAAGCCCUAGUGGCGGGCACAGCCGCCUCAGGGGUGGUGGUGUCCCUGCUGCGUGUGGCCACCAAAGCCACGCUCCCCGACACGGAGCAGGGGCUGCAGCGCAGCGCCAACCUGUACUUCUGUAUUGCCGCCAUGGUGUGCGCCGCGUGUACCGCAGUCUAUGCCUACGUGCUGCCCCGCCUGCCCUCGCUGCGGCAGUACCGGCACGCGGCCCUGGAGGAAGCGCUGCAGGAGGAGGCGCUGGCGGCGUCCACCAUGCUCAUCUAUGUCGUGACGCUGUCCAUCUUUCCGGGUGUGCUGGCAGAGGAUGUGCACUCUGCUGAGCUGGGCAGCUGGUACCCUGUGUGGCUCAUCACAGCCUUCAACAUUGCUGACAUGGCGGGCAAGGCAGCGACGGGAGCGGACUCGCUGCGGCUGCGGCGCAAGGGCGCCAUCCUGGGCGCCGUGCUGGCGCGGGUCCUCUUCAUCCCCGCUUUCCACCUGGCGGCCGUGACGCACAGCUCCACAGCGCUGGCGCCGCUCAUCAUCGGCGCACUCACAUGCCUGCUGGGCGCCACCAACGGCUACCUCACAGCCUGUGCCAUGAUCGAGGGGCCCGCGGGAGUGGCGGCCAGCCAGAGGGAGCAGGCCGGCAACCUGAUGGUGCUGGCGCUCAUCCUGGGCCUCUGCAUCGGCGCGGCGUGCGGCUUCCUGUGGCUGCUGUAGCUGCGGCAAUGAGCUUGCUGUGCCGUGUCUCUGCGGCGGCGGAGCGCGGCAGCGGUUCCGGCUCCCGCCUCUGCGGCAGAGGCGGCGGGCCCCUGAGCCUUGUGCGAUGGGCCAUCCUGCUUCGAUUGGGCCAUCUGAACUGCUCCUACAUUGACAGGCCCCCUGCAACUCACGAGGGAG